CCACCUUCAUGUCCCUCUACUACGACGCCGUCACCGUCCUCACGGCUCCCUCGUCGACCGGUGGCUCGUUCAAGUCCCGCGUCUACAAUGCGCGCAACAUAAAGGCGACCCCGGCGCAGAUCUACGCCCUCAUCAUCGAGGCAUCGAAAUGGGAUCUACUUUUGAAAGAGGUGAUUGAGAGGUCGGACCUUCUUAAACAUGAACACAGACUGACUCCCCUCCUUGCCCUCCUCCUCGUUCAUGACCAUCUCGUGGCUAAAGGCGGGAUUGCGGCGCCGGUCUCGCAUCCCCUCCGCCAAGCCGUCGAACGACACAAGACGCGCCUCAAGGCAGAGUUUGUCAAGGCGCGCGUCCGCCGGGGCUGUGCAUCGAUCCAGGAGCUAAAAUCCGCCGUCCUGAAGGAAAAAAAAGGCGGAGAUGCCGCCACAACCAAUACGACGGUGUAUCCGCGCUGGGUGCGGAUCAACAAUAUUCGAUCCUCGCUGGAAGAACAGCUCAAGUCGACCUUUGCGGCGUAUACGAGGGUGACCUCCUUAGCGGAGCUGGGCGACAAGACGGAGAAGAAGUUGUAUGUAGAUGUGCACAUCCCGGAUCUGGUCGCCGUGGCGUACGGGACGGACUUUUCCACCGCGCCGGCGUACAAGAACGGAGAGAUCAUCCUGCAGGACAAGGCGUCGUGUUUCCCGGCGUAUCUGCUUGCUGGGAAUGGGUGGGCUGUUGAAAUGGGAGGUAGAGAUCUGAUAGACGGGUGUGCCGCGCCGGGAAACAAGACGACCCAUCUUGCCUCGUUGCUAGCGAAGGAGGGGAAGACGGUGAACUUGGAUUCAACCGUCAAAUCGCAUCAAUGUUUCCCACACAUCUACUCAAUGGACGCGUCGCCGAACCGGUCCAAGACGCUUCAGAAAAUGGUCUCCCUGGCUGGCGCGGACUCCGUCACCGUCCUACCGGGACAAGACUUUCUCGCGCUCGACCCUGCCGAUCCCCGCUUCGCAACCGUCACAGGUCUUCUCCUCGACCCCAGCUGUUCAGGCAGUGGGAUCAUCGGGCGCGAGGAUGUCCCGACACUAACCCUCCCCGAGGCAGUAACAAGGAACCAUCCGCAGGGCAAGAAACGCAAACGCGGCCAAGACGACCAGAAAGAAACCUCCGUUCUAGUUCUUGGCAACGAAGCCGAAACCGAAACCGAAAAUGAACUCUCCGGCUCGUCGGCGAUGGACCCUGAUCGGCUCGCAAAACUGUCGAACCUCCAGGCCCGGAUUGUCGAACAUGCCCUGCGCUUCCCCGCUGCCACGCACGUCACGUACAGUACGUGUUCGAUCCAUGGGAUCGAGAACGAAGAUGUGGUGGCGCGGGUGCUCGCCUCGGACCCUGCGCGGGACGGAGGCUGGCGGGUGAUGACCCGCGGGGAACAGCCUGCUGGACUACAGAAAUGGGGGCAUAGAGGGGUGCAAACUGAGCGGGGGGGAUCCUUGUCGGUGGAUGAACUGGAGGGGUGUCUACGUUGUUGGCCGGGGGAUGAGCAGGGAUUAGGUGGAUUCUUUGUCGUGGGGUUUGUACGUGAGAGUAAAGCUGAGAAGGAGGAGGAGGAGGAGGAGGAGGAGGAGGAGGAAGGAGAGGAAGGAGAGGAAGGAGGAGAAGGUUCUGAAGAAGAAGAAUGGGAAGGGUUCUCUGAUUAG